AUAUCGGUGCGCGUCCUCAUGCGGAGGUGCCCUUUCGCGGGGGUGCCCGUGUACCCGGAUUCACGUCUACGUUUACUACCGAUCGCGGCCACUUUCGUAAGCCGAUUUGAUAGCGGCCGAACAGUUUGUACGAUGUAGUUAUGCCGAAGAAGGGCACGCGACAUGUGAGAGAGUCGGGAAACACGAGAAGUGCUCAGCAGCAGCAGCAGCAGCAGCCGCCGCACCCGGCGGCGGCGGCGACGGCUACGGCUACGCCGACAGCUACGCCGGCAGCUACGCCGAUAGCUACGACGACAGCUACGGCGACAGCUAUCAUCCCGGAAGCGGCAGCAACGACGACGGCGAAGCACUUUCGCAGUGUACACAUCGGUGUGACAAACGGCAAGCGCUGGCUGUCGCUGAAGAAACGCCUGGGCUUGACGACGGACGAGGAUGUCGCGGUGUACCUUCUGGACCUUGCCGAGUCCGCCGCACCCAACAGGCACAUGUGCAGUCACAUACGCAUAACGCACAUAUGCAGACAAGAAGAUAAGUGCAAUGGAGCAGAGAACUCAAAGCCGGUCAAGGAUCACAAUGAGGAAGCUGUCAAGAUUGAAAACUCGAACGAGAAAGAAGAAGAGGAGGGAAAGUCUGGUAUUCGCAAGAGUUUGCAUAAGCAAGAUAAUCUUGUAUCUGACACCGCCGAGACGCAUCCAGUUGAUGCGAUAAGUGAGAGCGUGCCGUCUGAGAUGCCGGAGAACGUGGUCAAGUUACACGUACGACACAGUUCGCGGUCGAAGCAUCACAAGAGCAAGACGCGGCAUCACAAGGACAAGCGGAAGAAACGGCGUCACUCGAGAAACGGUACCACCGAGGAUACCUGCGCAGGAUCGCAGGAAUCCGAGCGCAUCAGCGAGAACGCGUCAGACGCGCAAAACGGUUUGGUGGAGAGCAAAGAGCCGAGCAAUUGCGAGACGACGAUGGCAAGCAGCGAAUCGAGCGCAAAGUUAAAGUUAGGCGUAGAGAGCUCCGGAAUCAGUAGAUCAAAGGACGUUGAAUCCGCCACGACCAAGACUGACGUAGGUAGUGUAAGAUUUAUAAGCGAUGUAAAUAAUACGACGAGUAGCGACAAUAUCAGGUGCAACGCGAAAGCCACGGACGGCGCGUCCGGCAAAUCAGCGAAGGACACCUUAGAGGAUAAUAGAACCGUCGACCUGCAGCUUGGCGACGCGACGGCGUCGUCUGUGCCAAAGCGCGCCUGCGACACCGAGGUUUCGGACAAGGACGUAGAAUAUUCAAAUCCUGCAUUCCCCGACGAUCCUGCGGAGGCGCAAGUCGCGGACGCACAAGUCGCGGACGCACAAGUCGCGGACGAAUCUGAGAAAAAAAGCAAGACAAGCGCGACGCGUCACGUAGAAUCGCAGAAACACAAGAACGCAACGUCCGGCAACGCGUCGAAAAACGGCGAGUCGAAGGACGCGGAGAAUCGCAAGCUGAAGAAAAAACGCAAACGACCGCGGCACGACGCGCAAGUUCGAGAGAAGAAUGUCGCGAAUGACACCGCCAAGAAUAACACUUCGGACGAGGCGGCGUUCAAGCACCGGCGAAAGAAGCACAAACACACGAACGAUCAUCGAACCAAGAAGUACCACGACGUGCGAAAGGCGCCGCAGGAUGGCAUCGUCAAAGAGGAGAAUCACGCACAAGAUGCGCCAGCUCCGGAGGGCGAGUCCGAGUCGUCGACGGGCGGAUCUGGAAAGACCGACGAAGAGGCGAAGGAGACCAGCGUCAUAACUGAGCCGCAGCGACUUGCGAUCAAGAUCAAGCUGUGUCAGGAGUGCAACAGUCGUCAUCUGCAAGACGCGUGUCCCCUGACGUGCCCGCAGUACACGAUCGUCGACACGAUCUCUUACGACCAGUGGCUGAACAAGCACAAAAAGAACACAGAGAUGAUGAAGGCCGUCAGGUCGGUGGAUCCGAUGUCGGAGGGAUACGGCCGUCCACGGACGGACGACAAUUUCGAGUCGGACGACGAGUCGUUGACGUCCGGCGAACAGUGCAAGAGCAAAUCAAAAGUGCAGAGAGAGGAGAAACAACUGGUGGUGGACGCGGAUCGGCCGUUAUACGCGAGGGACUCCUUGCCGGAUUGCUUCGAGCUGAAGAUCACGAACACCGAUCACGGUCUCGGCAUCUACGCCAAAAAGCCGGUCCCGAUGUACGCGAAACUGGGGCCGCUUGUCGGCACGCCGGUCCGAGAAAUGGACAUUCCGGACGAUUUCUCAAUGCGCCACAUUUGGGAGAUAGAUAAUAAUGGAAAGAGUGCAUUCAUCAGUACCACAGAUCCGCUGAAGAGCAAUUGGAUUCGAUACUUACGACCAGCUGAGACGAAGGAGAAGAGGAGCGUCACGCUGGUUACCAAGCACGGCCAAUUGCACCUCAUCACGACGAUGAGCAUUUUAUCAGGGAUGGAGCUUACUUAUUGGACGGACUCGCCACCGUGGAUGCGAAAGAAUAAGAUAGAUAAAACGAAUUGUGGAGGGUGCAAUCUUAACUUCGCACACCCAUUAUAUUACCGGCUGCACUGCUGCAUCUUUCACGACACGAAUUACAGUUUGACGAUAAGGAAAUACCAUUGCAAGGUUUGCGGCGCCGCAGUGCUCGGCAAAGAUAACAUUAUGAAACACGCGGCGGAGUUGCAUUCGGGCCGCGGCGCUUAUCAAUGUCAAUACUGCAAGAAGUUCUUCUUGAGACUGAAUUAUCUAGAAAUGCAUCGAACUUACGGAUGCGCGCAAAAUCCGCAGCGGUCGCGUCCGCUGUGCGACUUCUGCGGCCGCAAGUUCUGUCAGCCGCAGAAGCUCAAAGUGCACAUCAAGAGGAUGCAUAGCGAUAUGUCCGAAGUGCUCAAGGAAUUUCAAUGUAAGGCAUGCUUAAAGCUCUUGGGUUCCCGCGCAGCUCUGCAGCGGCACAUGAAAGAAGUCCAUCAUAAAGACGUCAUCGCCGCGGCGACAUGCGAUCGAUGUGGGAAGAUGUUUCAGAAUAAGAGCAACUUGAAGAUACAUAUGUUGACCCACAGCGGCGUGAAGCCAUUUAAGGUUAAAGAAAACGGAUGUAGGGCAGCUUUUACCACGAAGCAGUGUCUGCAAUUCCAUUACAAAAAAGUGCACGGUCUUACGGAGGAUAGGAUGCCCAAGAUUGAGAGAUCCGUGGCGUACACUUUCGACGCGUAUAGCGGUGGUCUCAUUGAAGAUGUGCGAAAGUAUUCAUGCGGAAGCACUGCAAACACCAGCAGAAGAAAUUCACAGGAUAACAGCAACAGUUUGCCAUCUCUGGACGACUGCAGCUCAGAGAGCAACUCGAGAGUCGAGGCACCGACGGCGAAAUCCGUUCACAACACCAUCAUAAAUUCAUUUCAGAACGAGACGAGUGCGGAACAACAGGAGAUCGCCAUUCAGGUGCCGACUCCAUUACCACAAACGACCACAUCUCUCGCUGUCCAGGUGCCGACUCCAUUGUCGCAAACGACCACAUCUCUAUCCGGUGGACUGAACGGCGCGACGAUGGAAAAUGUCCGGGCGGAGGUCGAUUUGUACGGUACAUCGAGAAUGCAGAGUAAAGGCAGCAAAAAGUGGUUAGGCGAGUUUAGCGCACCGUCUACGUCCGACAUCGCCACGAUCACACCAACUCAUUUACCGGCAGUCUCGGCGCCGUCAUCUGACGUUUACGAUUUCGAAGACAGAAAGGACAGCGACAGCGAGAAGACGAUCUCGCGCACCAGUACAACGGGUCUGAUAGACAGCAACAAAUUGAGUGGAUUGAGCGUGUAUCCCCGGACGGAGAGCGCGAAUGCGAGUCUGCUGGUCGAGGCGGCUCUGGACGCCGCUGAGAGGGACAUAGGCGCGGUGUCCAGUCCAAUUCUGGAGGACAACGAUCGCGAGGCUAAUCUGUACACCAUCUCGAGUCAGCUGCAGUCGCCGAUACCGCAGUCGCGGUCGCCCAAUCAUCUGGACUCGUACAUUCAACAACAGGAGGGUCUGAUGUCGCCCGCGCCGCCGUCGGACGAUCGGCACACACCGCCUAGUCAUCUGCACGUGGAUUAUCAUCUCCACCGGCCGGUCGAAUACAUCAACGCCUCGCGCACACACAACAUCGAGCAGUAUCUGCAUCACGAGGAGCUUCCGCGUGUCUCGUCGCCAAGUUACAUUCACAAUCAGCUGCAGUCGCCGAUACCGCAGUCACGAUCGCCGAAUCACCUGGACAGCUACAUUCAGCAGCAGGAGGACUUGGUGUCGCCAUCGGCCACGCCGAAUCCGCCGCGCUACCAAGAUGUACAUCAUCACCAUCAUCAAGUGCGCACGGACAACUUGUCGAGCGACGAGGGUGAGUCGGUGGUGCAGAAUCUCAGUCUGUCCGUGAAGGAGAAGGCGCUGCAGCUGGAUCUGUCCUCAACGUCCUACAAGUACGAGCUUGAGCAGGACUUUGUCCGGGAGAGAUCCAACUUCGAGCCGACGCUGGUGCUGAACAGCGGCGAACUUCAGGGUCUGGACAUGUCGGCACGCGGUUUUCACAGCUUCGGCGCGCCAGUGGCGCAAAACACGCGCUAUCAUCAUCACCAUCUGUACGAUAUCGGCGAGCGGCAGACCGUCGAUCUGAGCAGAACCGGCGGCUACUCCAUGUCGCCGCCGCCGCCACCGCCGCCACCACCGCCGCCGCCACCUUAUCCGCACGGCGACGUUCUGCGUGUGGUCAGUCUGGAUCUCACGCCCGGCGGCAGACAUACCGUCGAUCUCAGCCUCGCCAGAUCGCAUCAUCUGCAUGGAUCCAGCACGCGCAUCAUCACCAGCCCGCAACCGCCCGGCUCGACCACGAUGCACGUAGUGCCCGUAGGGACGGUAUCCGAUGCCGGCGAGGGUCGGAUAUUGUCGCCUCCGCCUCCUUUGCCGGGAUACAAUCCUAGUUACGCUGUGAGUCCGGCGCCGUAUCAUCCACCGAGAUCCGGCUAUCAUCAUUAUCCCGGUUAUUACUAAUCGUCGUCGAUGUUCGCCGAUGUGGCGGAACUUUGCAGCCAACGUGUCUCCUCGGCGAUUCUUAUUUCGGACGUCUGCGAAUCCUUUUCGUAGUUACUUUCACCCACAAGUGAGUUUACUUCGAGAUUAUUACUAGUUUAAAUGCGCACGCUGUUUUACGUUGUGAUAUCAUUACUCGGAUUCGCGGAUAGAAACUGCCAUUUUCAUAUGUCGUUUGUGAAGUAGCGCACAGUGAUACUUUUAUUCUCGCGGAGUCGGUUCAAUAUUCAAAUCGAAGAAUACGAAGAAUCGCGACGCGAUUAGAGAAGCUAGACAGCGAUCAAAAAGGGAAACUUUCGAUGCAAGAAAACAUCAAUAAAAAAAAUCAAUAAUACACAUAGCGAUCGAUCUUAGUGCCGUUGCUUAUCACGGGAAAUAUGCACAAUAGCGUGCACGACACAUCCAUGACAUUCAGAGAAAAAAAGGAAAGCGGGGGAGAAAGAGAGAAAGAGCGGAUGUUAUUUUUUUAACAAAAUCAAGUAGCGAGAUUUUAUGGAGAAAAAUUUAUUCCAUAAAUGAUAGUGCGAAUCGAUGUAGAGGAAACUUAAUUUAUCCGUAAUAUAGUUGUUAAAUUUAUUUAUUAUCUACCUUUCUCCAAUAAGCGUAAGUGUAUUUGCAGAACAGUAUGGUGUGUGAUGAGUACAUCGUCUGUAGAGUGGUCGUUGAGAAUAGAAGAAGGAGAACGAGAAAAUAGAUACAUCGUGAUCCAGCGUCACGUCCGUGAUAAUUACAAUUAUUAAAAAGUUGUUACUUAGCUCCUAGCUUAUAUUCUUCUAUUUCGGAUCUAUACUCCAUCGUGAAAUACUCGUGUAAACGUGGCUUUGGUGAUAACGGCAACAUCCCAGAUAGUAUUCUUGCGCGAAUCAUUUCAAACGAGAUUAGAAAUUUAGAAAUUAGAUUAGAAAUUACUACAAGUCCUUCGCGGAAGGCGUGUGAAGCGAUUUCGGCGAUUGUCGCUCCGUGCUCUGGCAAUACCUUAACAAAUAAUGUAAAUCUAUUUGAACACGCUCUCUUAAUCAAAUAAUAGAGUCGUUCGAGUCGUCUUUUGUAUAAAUGUAAAAAGUAAUGCAACCGUGUCUGCUAUCUGGGAUGCUAAUAUUAAGUGAAAUAAUUCAAUCAAGAUGCCUAACGCGGUAACCGUAAGUAUAUCUGCAUGGUGAUAACAGAUUGUAACGUUCACAUUUUUAUUCUAGUCAUUAUAUAUGUCAUAGCGGCAUUAGCGCGGCAUUACGUUACGAGUAUCUCGCCGAUCGCGAGGAUUUUGUCCAAGUACGUGUAUUUAUUGCGAGUGCGAAUUCGAGAUCGUGCGAAUUUCAUCUGCAACCCUAUGUUUUCUCAUUGAUUCAUCUAGUAAGAUUAGUGAUAUCAGUGUAUUCCAUUAUUGAAGAGAGAGAAAGAGAGAAAGAAAGAGAGAGAGAGCGAGACGCGACAUUGAAAUUUCUAUUUUAUAAAACCCGACUCACAAUGGCAUUACAUUGCGUUACUUAGGCAUUAUUUACGCUUGAAAUAUACACCAAUAUCAACGUAUUUCUCGAAAGAUAUGUAUAUAUUUGUUCAUAUCGACGUAUUUUAUCAUACAGAUACGUAAACGCACGCUCUCAUCCGUGCAAUCAUCCACGUUGAUUUUCGUAUCGCUUCCAGGUUUCUAGAUUUACGUCCGCUAGAGCCAUUUAUCGAAACCAAAGAUCUAAAAAUAUCGUAACUUUUGUGCCAAAUCGGAAGGCGCUCAUUGUUAUAUAUUGUAUACGCAACUUUUAGCUGAACAUAGCGAUUCAAAAAAAAAAAGAAAAAAAGAAAAGCAGAGGGUUUCCUCUGCUUCGUUUUCGUUACAUUUUACGUUGAUUAUUUUACUACGCUUCACUCGUGUGCACGGAAAGACAUGUUUUGAAACUUACGUUUUAUACAAUCACUGUUUGUGUAAGGAUUGCGUGUUUUGACCAUUUUCUGUUUCGUUAAUCUCUACAGACUUUUUUACGAUGCUUCUGCCAUUAAGGAUAGUUACCAUUUUACUCUCAUUUUUAUAGCGACUUUUAUUUGAACGCAUAGUUUGUACAUUGUGCAUAAUGUAAGGACAACAAACGAGGUACAUCUAUUAAGGUAUAAAUACAUAUAUAUAUAUAUAUAUACAUUUACAAAAGGAAAAAUUCAAAAGAAAUGUUUACAAUGAGUACAAAAUGUGGCACAGAAUAUAUUUGUAUCAGGUUUAUUGACAUAUUAAUAUUGUAAGUAAUAUUAAUAGAACAUGACAGUGACUAAACCAAA